AUGCCGCCUCGACUCCCCAUCUCCUGUUCCGUCGUGGCUCCCAAGCCGACAAGGCCGACGACCUUCUUCCUCCGUCGCCGUCUCUACUCGUCAGACUCGUCGUCGGCUGCUCCGCUCGUCACGGUGACCAACCUGGCCUCCCCUAACUCGGGCCACAUUCGCGUCCUGGAGCUCAACCGUCCGGACGCGCGCAACGCCAUCUCGCGUUCGCUCCUGGCCUCCCUCCGCGCCGAGAUCGAUGACGUGCGCGACCAGUAUGGCCCUCGGGGGGAGGAGCUCCCUACCCACCCUGAUCUCGGCCCGACGCGUGCACUCAUCGUAGCAAGCGCCGUCGACACGUGCUUCUGCGCAGGUGCCGACCUCAAGGAGCGUCGAACCUUUACCGAGAAGGAGACCGCCAAUUUCCUCUCCGACCUCCGCAGCACGUUCACUGCCCUCUCCGACCUCCCCAUCCCCACCAUCAGCGCUAUAUCCUCCAUCGCCCUCGGCGGCGGCCUGGAGCUCGCCCUCUCGACUCACUUCCGCGUCCUCAGCUCCAACGCCGCCGUCGGCCUCCCCGAGACCAGGCUGGGCAUCAUCCCCGGCGCCGGCGGCACCCACCGCCUCCCUGCCCUCAUCGGUCUCUCCCGCGCCCGCGACCUCAUCCUGACCGGCCGUCGCGUCUCCGCCCCGGAGGCUUACUUCCUAGGCAUCGCCGACCGUCUCGUCGAGGUCACCGUCGACCCGGCACACCAGAAGGAGGGUGAGACCAGCAAGACCAACGAGGAGCUGGCAGCCGAGGAGCUUUCCCUCUCCCGCCGCUACGCCUUGGCCGAGGCUGUCCGCUUCGCUCAGGAGAUCUGCGAGGGCGGUCCCGUCGCCACCAGGGCUGCCCUACAGGCCGUCGCCUGGGCCCGCGAGGAGAAGGAGAAUGAAAUGUAUCAGCGUGUCGUGGACACCGACGACAGGAACGAAGCUCUCAACGCUUUUGCCGAGAAGAGGAAGCCUGUCUUUAAGGGGAGGUGA